UGUCCCAUUUGGAUUUAUUUUGAUGUGCUAUUUUCAACUGCAUCCAUCAUGCACUUGUGCGCAAUAUCUUUGGAUCGCUACAUUGCGAUACGGAACCCUAUCCAUCAUAGUCGCUGCAACUCCAGAACAAAAGCAUUCAUGAAAAUAAUUGCUGUUUGGACCAUAUCUGUUGGUAUUUCAAUGCCAAUCCCAGUGUUUGGACUUCAAGAUGCCUCCAAGGUUUUCAAGAAUGACAGUUGUUCCCUGACAGAUGAACAUUUUGUCCUGGUGGGUUCCUUUGUGGCAUUCUUCAUUCCCCUCACAAUAAUGGUGGCCACGUACUUUUUGACAAUCAGGGUACUACAGCAGGAAGCCAUUUUGUGCUUGGAUGUUUUUAAACCCAAGCCCAAAUGGACGAACCUUCGGAUGUUUCUCCAGAAGGGCCCACUGGCGGCCAACUCCUCAGACAAAGCAGCCAUGUUAAAGAAAUAUGAGAUUAAAGGGACAUCAUCUCCUCAGAUAUCAUCUUGGUGUUCCUCAAAUAAGGAGCUGGGGAUUUCAGGGAGACGGUCAAUGCAGUCAAUUAGCAAUGAGCAGAAGGCUUCAAAGGUUCUUGGGAUCGUGUUCUUUCUUUUUGUCGUGAUGUGGUGUCCAUUCUUUGUAACCAACGUGAUGUCUGUGAUGUGUAUCAAGAUGUGUGAUGAAGAACUCCUCGAAGAACUCCUCAGCAUAUUUGUCUGGGUGGGGUACCUCUCUUCCGGUAUCAAUCCACUUGUAUACACACUUUUCAACAAGACCUAUCGAUCAGCUUUCUCGCGAUACAUCCAUUGUCAGUACAAGAACGAGAAGAAGCCCGCUCAACAAAUUCUAGUCAGCACAGUACCCACUCUAGCAUCCAGCAAGGACAGACUGCAGCUCUCCAGUACUGAGAGCCUGCGAAACAGCACAGAAAUGAGGACCAGGGCACAUUCCGUGGAAUCACUGGGACAAAAGCAUCAAGAGACUUCGAAAACUGAAACAGUUUAUAUCACUGAGAAAGUCAGCUAUGUUUGAGUGUGACUUAAGACCCCUUAUGAAACAGUGCAUUUCUUCAGGAUUGCUAAUGAAACAGGA